AUGAAGAAAGCAGAGGUGGUGCUAAUCCCCUUACCUGCUAUGGGCCAUAAAGUAGCAGUAGUGGAGAUAGCUAAGCUUCUUGUUCAACGUGAUGAUCGAAUUUACACAACUGUCUUGGUAAUGCAUCCAACUGUUGACCCCAGCACUACCACGUUCAAUGAGUCACUGGCUGCAUCAACUCUCCCUGAUCCUGGAGCACCCAUUAUCCCAUGUUCUGGCCAACUUCUUCCCCACAUAAGAACUGUCGCAACUGCAUUGGUAUGUUCUCCCACAAGCCAACUGCCCACUGCCAGCACACAUGCUGCCAGCGUAACUGUCUUGCAUGCCUUGGACCGUCCGCUGUCCAAGUUAUUGUCAGCCCCUGCUGCUGAUUUUGUCGACGUUGCCGAACAUCAACCAUGCCCUGCCGAAUCGUUGACGCACACUGUUGCCGAAUCUGCCAAAACCCAUGCACGAUGCCAUUGUCGAUGCAUGCUGCCAUUCCUGCCAGUAGCGUUUACGUCAAGUCUAGGACUGCCUAUUGUCCAGAUUCAUCGUCAGCCCUUGUUGCCGAUUUUGUCGACGUUGCUGAAUUCCUCGACGCUGCCGAUCUCACCAGUGCUGCCGAAUUUCCCACUGUCCCAUUGUGUCAUCCCAGCACUGUUUCGUCAAGCAUUGGACAAUCCUCGCCCAAGCCCCAACUCUCGUCAGCAUACUGCUGCGCUAACUGUUGUUUACACUUUGGUUGAAGGGCAAAAACCCCACGUCAAAGAAUAUGUUUCAAAGAUAAGAACUCAGUCUGAAUUGAGCCUUGAUGCUCCUCGCCUAGCUGGGUUUAUUUUUUAUUCUUUUGUUACAGGACUGAAAGAAGUGGCCAAUGAAUUUGGGUUACCAUGGUAUGCUUUUUCUGCUUCGGGUGCAGCUUUUCUUGGUUGUUUAUUGCAUCUUCAGGCUCUUCAUGAUGAGCAGGGAGCGGACCUGACUGAAUUCAAGAACUCGGAUGUCGAGUUGAGUAUCCCGAGUUUGGUGAACCCAUUUCCCGCUAAACUUCUGCCUUCUGUACUGUUUGAGAAAGAUUCGCUUACUACUGUUCUUGAGCAACCAAGAGCAUUGGCCGAAGCCAGAGGUAUUUUGGUAAAUACAUUUUUGGAGUUUGAAUCCCAUGCGGUCAACUCUCUUUCUAAUGGCAGGACCCCUCCAAUAUAUCCAGUGGGACCGAUUGUUAAACAUAAAAGAGACGGUCAUGAUGUGGGUUCGGAAGGGAGCAACAAUUACAGAAACAUUAUUGAAUGGCUUGAUGAUCAGCCUCCAUCAUCAGUUUUGUUUUUGUGCUUUGGAAGUGGUGGAAGUUUUAGGGAGAAACAGGUGAAAGAGAUUGCUUGCGCCCUAGAGAAGUGUGGGCAUCGAUUCUUAUGGUCCCUACGUAAACCUCCACCGAGAGGAAAGUGGGAGUAUUCACCGAGUGAUUAUGCAAAUUUUCAAGAAAUCUUACCGAAAGAGUUUUUAAACCGGACAGCUAAGAUUGGGAAAGUAAUCGGAUGGGCUCCACAGGUAGACAUAUUGGCUCAUCCAGCCAUAGGAAUGUUUGCUUCGCAUUGUGGAUGGAAUUCUAUACUAGAAAGUAUAAGGUUUGGUGUUCCAAUUGUCGCCUGGCCAUUAUAUGCAGAGCAACAGUUCAAUGCCUUCCAAAUGGUAAUUGAGUUGGGAUUAGCCGUGGAAAUUAAAAUGGAUUGUAGGAAGAAUUCUCAUGGUGAUAACGAAAUAAAUGUGAGUGCUGAUGGUAUAAUGAAAGCAAUAAAGCAUGUGAUGGAGCAAGGUAAAGAAAUAAGAAAGAAGGUAAAAGAGAUGAGCAGAAUAGGUGAGAAAACCUUGAUGGCCGGUGGAUGUUCGUAUUCAUCUUUGGGUCGUUUAGUCGAUGAUAUAAUUAUAGACAACCAGCCAUGAAGCAACUGUUCCAAACUAUCCUCGGAGCGAUUACUUACAAUAAGCAAUUAUGAUUUAUCUACAAGAAUCUAUGUAUUAAGAAUGUUAGUCGCGGCCAAUAAAUUUAAUCUUUCCUUUCUUUAGGAGAAAAA